AUGUCGAGCAACCGCAUAGUGGCAGUGCCGGCUGCAUCGCGAGGCUCAUCGACAUCGAAGAAGAAAAAGGAGAAAAAGAAGAAGGAUCUGCGGCAAGCGUCAUCAUCCUCAACCUCUACAUCGACGGAUCGCAGCUCAGUAAUCAUUCACGAAAAGGGGGGCGAUGACGAGCUGCCGGAGGAUUUCGUCAAGGAGUACUCUCUCGACCUCGAUCAGCUAGGUCCCUCGCCUCGUCUCACGUCGGGGAGCUCAUCCGAAAGUAAGAGCGAUUCUGAAGAUGACGAUCGAAAUGGACGAAGGAAAAAGAAGAAAAAGAAGCAGAAGAAUAAGCCGUUCACGCGACCGCGGGUCCUCACCUCUUCAGCCGAGGCCAUCUCCACUCCUAUCAUCUCUGAGGAAGAGGGAGGAAGCAGCAGCGAUUUUUCAGGCCUCUACAAUCACCAUCUUACGAACAACGCACACAAUCGUGUGGCGGUGCGACGUACUGGGAGCUCCCUCUCCACCACGCGCACCAGCGUCCAACCACCACCACUUGCCGCUCUUUCCAAGGAGCUCUUCCUUCGUGUACGCUCACCAUCUCCCCAAUUAACUUAUUUUUUUAAUAUAUAUAAAUCAUAA